GGUAGGUAGAUAUAACUGCUGUAUCCAAAUCACUCUAAAUCCUUACCGAGUUCUCAGACUCACAAGUCCAAAACAAUACAACAAUGGCCUUAACUCACCCUAAUUCAUCUUCUUCAGUAUCUGAAGUAAAGAUCGAUGUAUUCUGGCAUGAAGGAAUGCUCAAACAUGACACUGGAACUGGUGUUUUUGAUACUUUACAUGAUCCAGGUUUCCUUGAAAUCUUAGAGAAACAUCCAGAAAACUCAGAUAGAGUUAAAAACAUGGUUUCCAUCCUUAAGAAAGGUCCAAUUUCUCCUUACAUCUCUUGGCAUCAAGGAAGAGCUGCUCUCAUCCCUGAACUCUAUUCUUUUCAUACUCCAGAUUAUAUAAAUGAGCUAGUAGAAAUUGAUAAAGCGGGUGGAAAGAAACAGCUCUGCUCAGGAACUAUACUAAACCCUGGUUCAUGGGAUGCUGCUCUUCUUGGUACAACCUUAAAAGCGAUGCGGAACAUAUUGGAUGGUCAUGGAAAGAUUUCUUAUUCAUUAGUAAGACCUCCGGGUCAUCAUGCUCAGCCUACUCGAGCCGAUGGUUAUUGUUUUCUUAAUAAUGCUGGUUUAGCCGUGAAUUUGGCUUUAAAUUCUGGUUGUAAAAGGGUUGUGGUGAUUGAUAUUGAUGUUCAUUACGGGAAUGGAACAGCGGAAGGGUUUUAUGAAUCGGAAAAUGUUCUGACUAUAUCACUCCAUAUGAAUCAUGGGACGUGGGGUUCGUCCCAUCCGCAGAAUGGGUCUAUUGAUGAGCUUGGUGAAGGGAAUGGAUUUGGGUUUAAUUUGAAUAUACCUCUGCCUAAUGGAUCAGGGGAUCAGGGUUAUCAGUAUGCAAUGAAUGAAUUGGUUGUUCCAGCUGUUGAAAAGUUUGAGCCGUGUAUGGUGGUGUUGGUUGUUGGACAGGAUUCGAGUGCUUUCGAUCCAAAUGGAAGGCAGUGUUUGACAAUGGAUGGGUAUCGAGAAAUUGGGCGAACAGUCAAGAAGCUAGCUGAUAAGCACAGCAGUGGACGAGUACUAAUUGUCCAAGAAGGUGGAUACCAUCCAACCUAUUCGGCCUACUGUCUUCAUGCAACAUUAGAAGGCUUUCUUAGUUGUCCUGAUCCUCUAUUAUCUGAUCCCAUUGCUUAUUAUCCUGAAGAUGAAGCAUUAACAGUUAAAGUUGUUGAUUCGAUCAAGAAAUACUGGGUAAACAAUGUCCCGUUCUUGAAACAAGAUUGAGUUUAGCAUGCUGUUGGUCUUACCUUAUCAAGAGAUGAAGCUGUUAUUAUGUGGUCUACAAUAAGUAUGAUAAUAAUCUCCUUGAUAGAAAUUAUGUUGGCACUAACCAACUUACUCUUGCUGGAUAUCAGUGUAUGUUCUCUUUUUUGCACUA